UUAAUUGCUUUUAUUUUAAAAAUACGAUCCAUUUAUUGUUUUAUUUAAUUUUUAAUAAUUGGUCAACCUGUUAACUCUCUGUUCUGCAACAUAGGUAAAGCAAUAUAUUAAAAAUGGUACCGACGACCAUUCCGGUAAUCUAUUUUGAUUUUUUGCAGAACUCAACAAUUUUCUUUUAUUGAGUUGAUUGGUAUUCAGUACAGAAGUAAUAACAUAUAGUUCAACUUGCUAGACAUUUUUUUUUAAAGCGUUCAUUUCGUUUAUUUCAAUAUUCCUAAUUAUUAUUAUUAGAGUUUUUUUAUUAUGGACGAAACCGCCAAGUCAGAUAACUCUACGUCCUCGUACUUAAACAAUGUGAACAGUAUACAACACUUAAAUGAUCCUAAUUCAUUUGAUAAUGUACCUGAAGCAAUUAAAAUUUUGGAUUUACAACGUAUGCUGAUUGAACAGAAAAAAUCAAUACUCUCAUUAAAAUUGAAAGAAUAUGAAGAUGCUAUGUUAGAAAAAGAUAAACAAAUCUCAUCAUGUAAUUUAGAAAUCAUGAAAAUUCAAAACAAUGAUUGUAUACUUAACAAUUGGUAUAAAUCUGUCGAAGAAAAAGCUAAUUUUGGUCAUAACAUUUAUCAACAUAUGGUUUCAGAAUUUAAAAAUGCUAGUGACCGUUUAAAUAGACAUGGAUAUGACUUUGAAGCUAUUAAAUCAAGACAUAAAGAAGUUAUAUCUUUGGUUGAUAAAACAAAAAGUAGUUUUCAGGAAAAAGUUUUAAGUAUAUCAAAUUCUAUUGAAGACUCUUUGAAACAUGUCAAUAUGGAAAAAUUGAAGCUAAAAAAUGAAAUGGAAAUUUUAGAAAAUCAACAUACACUUGAAAUAGCUAGUUUUAAAUCAAAUUUUGAAAAUGUCUCAAAUGAGUUAACAAAAAUUCAGACUGAGAAAAAUGUAUUGCAAGAUGAAUUGAAUGAUACAAAUAUUAAAUUAACAGAAGAAAGAAAAGUUUUUCAAAAUAAAAUUCAAUAUUUUGAGAAUGAACUUAGUAACAAAGUUUCUGAAAAUGUAUUACUAAUACAACAAAAUAGUUCUAUUAAUGAGAAGUUUAACAAAUUAUUGAAUGAAUUUCAAAAUAUGAAUGAUGAGAAACUUAACCUUUUACAAUCAAUGAAAGAAAAAGAAAACCAGCUUGCUAUUCAGUUAUGUACUAUAAAUCAACAAAAGGACCAGAUUAAAAAUCAAAUUGAAUUAGACAAGUUAAAUGAAGAAUUGAAGAAAAAUAUUCUGAAUUCAGAAAAACAUAUUCAAUACCUUGAAAAAACUAAUGCAAACUUAUUAGAAGAGUUGAAAUUAUUGAAGAUGGCUUAUAAUGAUGAUCAAAAAUCGAAAGAGAUGAAAACAGAUUAUGAAGAAUUGCUAAAAGUACAGGAAGAAAAGUUAAAUAGCUGUACUAAAAAUUUGGAAUUGUUUAAUGCUAAUGAAAUUUUACUGAAUAAGGAAAAAAUUGAAUUAAAAACAAAAUUAGAUGCAUCUAUAAAAACAAUUGAUGGUUUAUUAGAGGAUAAAACAGUUAAUUGUAAUUUAAUUCAAGAUUUACAAAGUAAAGUUGAUACAUUAAAUAAUGAUUUAAAUAAUGCUUAUCAAAUGUUAAGAGGGUCAGCUAAAAGUUUUUCUAGUCAAAAAAAUGAGAUCGAAAGAGAAAAUAUGAUUUUAGAAAAAGAAAAAAUAAGAUUAGAGAAAGAAAAAUUUGAGUUGGAAAAUGAAAAGAAAGAACAAUGUCAAAAAAUUGAAAGAUUAUCAUCCAAUUAUAUGAAAUAUAAGGCUCGUGCUAAAAUGUUACAUGAGGAACUCAUGAAAAUUCGACGUCCAGUUAUUAAACCAAUGAAAUCUCAAAAUGAAGCAGGAAUUACUAUUGAGAUACUGAGUGAUGAUGAAGAAAAUAAGGAAGUCAAUUGUUCCUUUGAUAAUUUUAAAAGAAAUUCCACUCAGAUAAAUGAUAUUUCUAAUUCAAAUUCAAAGAAACAAAAAAUGUUUGAAGGCCAACUAUCAUCAAUUAAAAAUUCAGAAAAUGUAUGGACAAAAAUAAAUACAUCAACUUCAAGUAUUAGUAAAAAUAUGGGAGAACUGUGUGUAUCACCAAUUAGUAUUAGACGGAAAAAUUCUCUUGAAAAGGAUUUAUUUGCAAUCAAUUGUAAAACUAAAAAUAAGUCAUUAUAUCUAAAUGAAAAUAAAACUGAGAUAGAAAAAGAAAAUAUUUGUAAAGAAGAACCAAAAUCUAUCAUAAAAACUGAAUCAAACCGUAAACAAUUUAAAAUUCCUCUUGAUCUAAUGCCCCCAAAAAAAAGAGUAGUACAAAAAAAGCAAACAAGACAGAGAAAUAGUCUAAGUAUGGUGUCAAAGAGAUCUAUUGUUUCACCCAAAAAAAAUAAUUCUUUAUCCGAGAUCAUUGAACUUUAAUAUCAUUCAUCCGUUAUGUUUGUAUAAUAAUGUUAAACAUAUUGUUUUGGUUAUUUUUUAAUAGAAUUUAUUAAUCUAAAAGUUUGAAUUUAUAUUCUAUCUGCAAAUGUAACUAAAAACUGAUUUAUAACUAGACUUAAUUUUAGAAAGAUACAAUUAGUUUUUUGUAUUUAAAUGUUGUUUUUUUUUUAAUUU